GCGCGCGGGGGCGCCCGGCCACUGGCCUCCGCGGUACCAGAGAGUAGUCAUCGCGGAGCCGGAGCCGCGCGUCCCGUCCCGAGGCCAACACAGCCCUCCAGCAUGGCUCCCGCAGCGGCAUCGGGGGGCAGCUCCCUGCCCAGCGGCUUCUCGGUCUUCACCGUCUUCCCCGACCUGCUCUUCACCCUCGAGUUUGUCUUUGGGGGCCUGGUGUGGAUCCUGAUCGCCUCGUCGCUGGUGCCCCUGCCGUUGAUCCAGGGAUGGGUGAUGUUCGUGUCUGUGUUCUGCUUCGUGGCCACCACGACCCUGCUCAUCCUGUAUAUAAUUGGUGCCCACGGCGGGGAGGCUUCCUGGAUCACCCUGGACGCAGCCUACCACUGUGUGGCCGCCCUGUUCUACCUCAGCGCCUCGGUCCUGGAAGCUCUGGCCACCAUCCUGAUGCAUGACGGCUUCACCUACAAGAGCUACCACGAGAACAUCUCCGCCGUGGUGUUCUCAUACGUAGCCACUCUGCUGUACGUGGUCCACGCUGUGUUUUCUUUACUCCGAUGGAAGUCUUCAUAGAGCAGAGGAAGAACUUUAGCCCAGCACCCUGAUGGUGUUCAUGGAUCAGCCCACCUUCCAGCAUAACUUUCUAGAGUGCAGGCCUGCUCUCCGUGGUGGAAGAAAGAAAAAAAACCGAAAAAAAGCAACGCUCUGUCUGUUUACUGUCCCAUAGACCUUCGUGUCAGGUUGGGGGCCAGCUACCGUUAGCCUCCAAUGAGGGCUGUCUUUCUUGGGUCAUUUCCUAUGUGGUUUUUUUUGCCAGG